AUGAGACUAAUAACCAUUCUCACUGUCAGUAUAGCCAUUCUCGGUGUUUUCGCAGAGUCAGGAGGUCGAAAAGCAACGCGGGCUUCGGAACAUGAGACAACCAAUGCUGAGCGAUUUCGUCGAGGUUUACCUCCCAAGAGCCCUUUGAGGCGGUUCAACACCACCCAACCCCGCAACCUGGCUCGCCGAUCGGCAGCAGCGACCCAGAGUGUCAUGCUCGUUGCGUCGCCAGACACGAGCGUGAAACGAUCGUUAUCUAAGCGAGACACGCCGCACGAUUCUGUGUCCCAAUUGUAUUUUGACGGCUCAAACGCAUUGUUCGCUCUGUCAACUACCACAGAGACAAAGUUAUAUGUCGUCGGUAGUGGAACGGACCAGAUAGUUCAACCUUUCUUCAAUGAAGCUGGGCUGCAAGUAGCGAUAGUCUCACAGUUAUUCACGUAUGGGACAUAUCCCGAUAUGACGCCUAAUGCGGCAGGUGGACCCACCUCAGUGUGGUUCACCAUUGAAUACUUGUCGGAAAUAUCGUCGGACCCUUCCCAGAAUUCAGGUCACUACGAACAAGGACCUAUUUGGACGACACCAGCGACGCUGCCGGGACCAGCCAGUAUCGACUUUUUCAACUACGACGGGACGGUGACGACUAACGUGCCGUUCUGGGCGUUCGACUACAAUGGCGAGACGUUUCUCGGGGCGGCGUUGAGUGGUGAUGAUUUUGGAGUAGGAAACGCGUAUACUCGAGUUAACCUUCAGUGGGAGGUAUAUUCCGAAACCUAG